AUGCAGUUCAACGGCCACUGCAGAGACCACUCUGCGUUCGCAGGUAUCACGACCUACGGGCUGCUGCGCCAUCUUCCCUGCCUUCAAGACGAGUCUGUUGCUUUUGACAUUGCCACUAUUGGUAUCCCUUUCGACAGUGGUGUGACCUACCGCCCAGGAGCUCGGUUCGGCCCUUCGGCUAUCAGACAAGCUUCUCGCCAUCUGACUCUAGCAGGGGGCUACAAUGCACCUCAACGCGUGAAUCCUCUCAAGUUUUGGGGACAAGCACUUGACUGUGGCGACAUUCAAGCUUCACCCCAUGACAAGGAGGUCGCAAUGAAAGAUAUCGAAAAGGGAUAUGCGAGCCUGCUCCAGCGCCCAGCCUACACGAAAUCACUGACCACCGAAUCGAACGAUCUGAGAACAAUUCCUCGACUUCUCACGCUGGGUGGUGAUCAUACGAUUCUGCUGCCGAUUCUUCGAAGCAUCCACAAAGUAUACGGGCCAGUCAGCGUCAUUCACUUCGAUUCCCAUCUCGAUUCGUGGAAUCCAACGCAAGGAGCGCCAUCCGAUGCAGCACAAAUCACGCACGGGAGCUUCUUUUACUGGGCGAACCAGGAGGGCUUGAUUUCCAACUCGAGCAAUAUGCACGCUGGCCUCCGCACGACUCUGUCAGGGCUUGGAGACUAUAACGAAGACGAGUUAUGUGGCUUCGCGCGCAUUGAGGCUCGUGAGAUUGACGAAAUUGGCACACGUGGCAUCAUCAAGAAGAUCAUCGAGCGUGUCGGCACCGAUAAGCCGGUCUACUUGUCCAUCGACAUUGACACACUCGACCCUGCCUUUGCUCCAGCAACCGGAACUCCCGAAACUGGAGGUUGGUCUACACGUGAACUACGUGCGAUCAUUCGAGGUCUCUCUGACGUCAACAUAAUUGCUGCGGAUGUCGUUGAGGUAUCUCCAGUAUAUGACACGAACGCUGAGGUCACAUCACUCGCGGCGGCAGACUUGAUAUAUGAGAUCAUGAGCAUUUUUGUGAGAAGAGGUCCGAUGACAAUGGCCUAUGAGUGA